GCCUCCUUUUACCACUAACCUGCGCCUAUCCUCGUCAUCCUCAAAACCUUACCCAACCAAUGUAACUGAAUAAACUACCAAACACAGAAACACUCCCUCGAACUCAACCAACCUUAUCCUUCACCCCCACAGCGCAAUGGAGCCCAACGCUCUCACUCUCACUAACCUACGCUUGUCCACCACCUGUUCGACAAAAUUCCCCAGAGACCAAAACCAGACGAACACACCAAAAUCUUAUGCCCAAAUACCGAAACGGAGCCCCGGACCCGUCUCAAAAGGGCUCCAGAAGGACUCCAAGAAGGACUUGUCUCGGAUUCUGAGAACUGAUGCUGCCAUAAAAGGCAUAGCGAGGAAAGCCAAUUCGAGAAAGUACACGCAACUGUGGCCUAAAGCUGUUCUGGAGGCCUUGGAUGAGGCUAUCAGAGAGAAUCAGUGGCAGACUGCUCUUAAGAUUUUUGGAUUGCUUCGUAAGCAACAUUGGUAUGAUGCAAGAUGCCAAACGUACACAAGGUUGUUAGUGAUGCUUGGCAAGUGCAGGCAACCUGAGCAGGCAAGCUUGCUGUUUGAGAUCCUGUUGUCUGAAGGGCUCAGACCUACUGUUGAUGUCUACACUGCUCUUCUAAGUGCUUAUGGGCAAAGUGGCUUUCUUGACAAGGCUUUAUCCACUCUUGAUGAUAUGAAAUCGGUGUCUGAAUGCAAACCAGAUGUAUAUACAUAUUCCAUUCUUAUUAAUUGUUGCACUAAAUUUUGUCGUUUUGAUCUGAUUGGACAAAUUCUUGCUGAGAUGUCAUUUCUGGGGAUCGAGUGCAGCACUGUGACAUACAAUACUAUUAUAGACGGAUAUGGUAAGGCGGAAAUGUUUGAACUAAUGGAGAACACAUUGACAGAUAUGAUUGAAAGUGAAACCUGCCUUCCUGAUGUUUUCACGUUAAAUACUUUAGUUGGGGCUUAUGGGAAUAGUGGGCAGAUCGAGAAAAUGGAGAAGUGGUAUGAUGAAUUCCUGCUAAUGGGGCUAAAGCCAGACAUUAAGACAUUCAAUAUUCUGAUCAAAUCAUAUGGUAAAGCGGGCAUGUAUGAGAAGAUGAGGUCUGUUAUGGAUUAUAUGGAGAAGAGGUUUUUCUCUCCAACAACAGUUACUUUUAAUACAGUCAUUGAUGUAUUUGGAAAAGCUGGAAAUAUUGAGAGGAUGGAUGAAUACUUCAAGAAAAUGAAGCAUCAGGGAAUAAAGCCCAACUCUAUUACCUACUGCUCUCUUGUUAGAGCUUACAGUAAAGUUGGGCUUAUAACAAAAGUUGAUUCAAUUUUGAGACAAGUAGAGAAUUCUGAUGUAAUACUAGAUACCCCUUUCUUUAACUGCAUUAUCAGUGCAUAUGGUCAGGCUGGUGAUGUGGAAAAGAUGAGAGAGUUGUUCUUGGAAAUGAAAGAGAGAGAAUGCAAACCUGAUAAUAUCACCUUUGCUACCAUGAUCCAAGCCUACAAUGCACAAGACAUGACUGAGGCUGCUGAAAAAUUGGUGAAUAAGAUGAUUGCCACCAAAGAGAGCACUGGCUUUGAAGGACAUCCUUGCAGAGGCGGGUAAUUCAGCACUUCUUACAGGCACAAGGUUGAUCGGUAACUAACAUGACAUAGUACUUUGGAAGAGCAACCUUCACCGAUAGACAGUUCAUAUGUCCAAAGGUGGUCAGAUCUUGGAAAGAAUUAUACCUUCCUUGUAACCAGCACUGUAUCAGGCAUAUUAGUGCAUGAGAAUGCAUUACUAUAGGUUAAUGGUGAAGGUAAAUUUGACAGUGCACGCUUGAUGGAAAUUUCAAGGGGUAGGACAGGGGAAGGGAGAGUGUAUGUGCAUGUAUGAUCGGAGCAACCUCUUUCUAAUUGGGGCAUGGAAAAUUCAAAUUGAAGGGUAGCUUCUAUAUGUGUGAUAGGAGCAGGCGUGCUUGAACUCAUGUUCAUGCUAUGAACGUACUGUAAUGGCAACUUAUAGAUCGAUAGGGGGCGUGAUGAGAGAGGACAGGACUUAGAAGGACUUGCAGUGAAUGCAUUUGUGACUAGGACGUAGAACACACUUUGCUGCAUGCAUCAAAGACAAAUGACACCGGCAAUGAGAAAUGAUUUGGUCUGAGGUUGAAGGUGUUGCAUUUGCAGCAGUGACAGGAAGACUAAAAAGGCCAUUCAGGGAAUCAGGUUGGUGCCAUGGAACGUAUAUUUAAAAGAACUUCAGGCAUAGUGAUGCAAGUGCGUAAAAAUUUUUACCCUGCCAACCCCAAAUAUUUGAAAACAUGUUUUUGUACAAUUCAUUACUCCAAGAUAAAUUAAGAAAAAGGGUUUCUGUACACUUAAGUUGUAAUUUGUUUGCUUUACUUCAUUCAUUCUUUCUUAAUCA